AUCAGAUACGUAAAACCAAAUUCAUAGUUAAUCUCUGCAAGCAGUACUUGAACAUGGAUAUCCAGAAGUUUAUUGAAAGCAGCAUUUUAAGAGGAAGGGAUGCUCCACCUAGUCAUUACUUGUUCAAAAUUGAGUCUUUCUCUUUGCUAGACAGAGCUCCUCUACGAAAGUACACCUCGGACUAUUUUGAGGCAGGAGGCUACAGAUGGAGAAUCACUCUCUACCCAUCUGGGGACAAACUUAACGAUGGUGAAGGUCAUAUCUCUAUUUACUUGGAAUUAAUGGUCACAGAUUCUUUCUCUUUCGGGUGGGAAGUGGACGUGGUUUUCAACUUCUUUAUAAUGAAUCAGCUUCAAAAUAAGUAUGUUGUUGUACAAGAUUGGAUUGAAAAACGUUACCAUACUAUGAAGACUGAAUGGGGAAACCCUAAAUUUCUAGACUUGGAAACAUUUCACAACCCUUUAAAAGGAUACCUUGUUGAUGAUACUUGUGUAUUGGGUGCUGAGGUUUUUGUUGUCAGAAGUAGUUUUAAAGGGGAGUGCUUAUCCAUGGUGAAGGAACCUGCUACUUGUUUCCACAGUUGGAAAGUUAAUAGCUUUUCCACUUUAGCUGAUUCAAAUUAUACCUCCCAGUCAUUUGGAAGCCCAAAAUGGUAUCUUAGUCUUCAACCUUAUGGAGUUGCAGAAGCCAAGGGAAGCCACAUUUCACUCUAUAUAGCAGCGUCAGAUGUUCCUCCGAAUACUAAGUUGUUUGUGAAUUUCAUUCUACGCCUCAAAGAUCAAUAUCAGUGGAAUAGAAAAGACGUUUUCCAUCAAUUUAACAGUCGUGGGGUGUAAGAAAUUUUAUGCCGCUGGCUACAUUGAAGGACUUGAAACUGAGUUACUUGGUGAAUGACACCUGCAUCAUUGAAGCGGAAGUUACUUUGCUUGGGUUGAUAAAUUAAUUAAAAGUCUUCAUUCUGAUGAAACAUAGUGAAAUUCUUCCAAAAACAGUUGAUAUGUAUGGCUGUGCUCAUUUUAAACUAAAACAAAUUUCAAUGUUAUAAUCCUGAAUCUUAAUGGCAAUAUUCUAGGUUAAUUAGGUUUGCGAUUUUAA